CCAUUCUUUCUAUAUUUUUUUUUUAUUUUUCAUAGAGUAACCUUACUCUUAAGUACUGCAAAUACAUUAAAAAAGGUUUUAAAAAAUAUGUAUGCUCGCGUUUAGUAGAAAACUUCCUUCUGUUUACCUGUAUUUCGCAACAUGCUAAGUACUGUUUUAUUUUCUUAACCUGAAAGGCUGUAGUUAAUAAAAAGCAUCAUUUUGGAUCUGAAAACACUUCUCAAAGGGCAUGUAAUGGUUUACAUACCUGAACGAUCGUUUAUAAUCAACCUGGGUUAAAUAUACAUUCUGUCAUAAUCAAGGCCAGUAUGUUAUUAAUUCAGUCAAAAGCAGCUGUAAAUACGAGAUAUAUACACACAUGUAGUUAUAGAUCGAAGAUCAAUAUUGGGGCGGCUUGUAUACAGCGUAACAACGGAGUUCAAUUGUAAAUCGUGAAUGAUCAAAACCAGUUUAUGGAAAUAUAAAUAGACAAACUCAAAUUUAGAAUCCGGAAGCAAGCUUACACAGGAAUGGUUAUUUUGAUAGUUCAGUGUUUCAUAACGGAGGUUGUAUUGUAAUGGAUCUACGACGCCGGCGGGUGACUAUGGCUCCCUCCGGGGAGGCAGGGGAGGAUGGUGACUUUGUACAGCUUCGACUCAUAAGGGAAAAUGCAAGGAAACUUCGCGAGAGUAAAGCAUCGCCCCCAGAGGAUCUGGCAAACAGGCCUGACGAAGACAGCCGAACGACAACGCCAGCUGUAGCAGACAACAUCGAACAACUUCAGAGUCAGCUGUUCCAUGCAAUGAAAUCAAACGACACAGAAAAGACCAACGAUUUGUGUUACAGAAUAAUGAAAUUUCAUCGCCUUAUAAACGUACGCCAUCCAGAAACAGAUGAAAAUAUUUUACACUAUGCUUUAUCGCAUGGACUGAAGAAUUUCGCAAAACACUUAAUUAACACGGAAGUUCAAACAGAACUACUAACUUCUCACCACCAAAUCAAACAAUCUGGAAUACACGGUAGGAGGAACUGCCUACAUAUCGCCACAGAAAUGAACGAUGUUGAAAUGGUCAGAUUUCUUCUUGGUAAAAUAGCCACUAGAGAAAAGCGUCUCGAAUGUAUGCAGUUAGAAACAGCUGUGGAUAUACAAGGUCAAAGGCCAAGGUUAUUCUCGUGUCUCCACCUGGCGGCGUAUUAUGGAAAUACCGAUUUAGUACGUAUGUAUUUAGAUACAGGUAUGGACGUGAAUCAUUUAAAUGGCAAGAAAGAUACAGCGCUAUUAUGGGCAGCAAGAUGGGGUCACAAUGAAACAGUAUCUGUUCUUUUAGAACGAGGCGCUGACCCGGAAGUGAAAAAUGACAAAGGUUCAACAGCUCUGUACUGGGCAAUUCGAUAUCAGUUUCCGAAAACAGUCUCACUGUUAUUGACAAAGGGGCACGCAAACCCUAACACGACCAGAAAACUGGGAUUGGUUGCACCACUCAUUAUAGCAUCAGCUUACGGCAACGCAGACAUUGUGGCUGAACUUCUUAGGUGUCCGAACAUUGAUAUUCACAAGAAAAUACGUGGCGGGGAUACAGCUAUACACAAUGCAUGUAGAGAAGGAUGGCUUCAGGUUGUAGCAAUGCUUAUUAAGGCUGGUGCUAGGUUUGAUGAAAGCGACGACCUCGGCGAUACCCCAUUGCUCUUGGCGGCUAAAAAUGGUCACGUGGACGUUGCAAACGACCUGAUUAGAAGCGGUGCUGACGUCAGUCAUAAAAACCACGACGGCUAUGACGUAUGGUACUAUGCUGUCGAUAAUGAGAGCAACGCAUUACUUAAGGCAUUAGUGUCUGGAAAACAAAAGUCUAAUUUUCUUAGACGGAAUCCACUUUGUAUUGCAGCUAGUGUAGGGAAGUGUGAUAAGAUUCAACUUUUGUUAAGUAUGAACUUUGACCCUAAAAGCACAGACGAUGAGGGGAACACUUUCCUUCAUCACGCGGCCAUGUGCGACCAGGCCGUGGUGAUCGAUACUUUUCAUUCAACUGGCGUGCUCCACGUACAGAAUGUAACUGGAAAUACACCACUACACUUAGCAUGUCUGAAAGGAUUCUCGAAAACGAUAAAUUCACUGCUGAACUGUAAAGCAAAAGCGGACAUUAAAAACAAGAAGGGAGAAACGCCAUUACAUGUUGCUGCCUAUUCCACAGAAAUUAGCGCUGAAACUGCAAAAUCUCUUGUACAAUACACAAUUAAAACGCACGCAUGGGAAAGUCUAAAUGACAAAGAUUUUGAAGGAAAUAAUUGUUUACACAUUGCGGGAAAGUUCGCGUCACCGGAAGUACUAUGGGAAUUCAGAUUUGUUCGCAUCAAUGACAAAGACAAAGACGGACUAACGCCACUGCACGAGGCAGUGAGGCCCGGGAAACAGGAAUCCCUAGAAUUGAUGCUAGAUAUAUUUGAGACAAUGAAGCGGGAUGCCAGUAUCAACGAGCCCAGUUACCAGACGAGAGAAACGGUGUUACAUCUUGCAGCAGACGAAGGUCAUGCGCACUGCGUGAAACGCCUGAUAGAUCUUGGCGCCGAUAUUUCUUUAAAAGACGUAAACGGAGACACUGUUCUUCACAGAUUAAUAAAAGCGUGUGUUUUUGAUGAGAGAAAUAAAUCUAGACAUUUACUAGUAUUUGAUACCAUUCUGGAUAAUAUCGUAAAAUGGUGGUGCCUCCGAACAGACACGCCGAUACCAGCACGUGCUAAAGAUGAAGCUGCGAUUACGUAUCGCCGUAGUGCUGUUCUUUUCAUCACCAAUGAAGUAAUGAAUAACGAAGAACUCUCCGUGCUUAAUCAAGCUUUUAAAUCGGGGUGCCCGGAAGUUUUGAAUCGUCUUUUAAUGAUGCCAGGGGUCACAAUGGUUGAAAAUUCUGCGAGCACGUAUUCGUUCGAUAUUAGCGGCAUGACGCCUAGAACCAAUAAUGAGUCGAAAGGUUAUUCGAAAACACAAGUCAGUCCUUUAGAAGAUAAAGUUUCCCAGAACGUAGACGACUCAGCAGUAUCUGGGUUAGAGCUACUUAUUACAAACAAGGCCUCCAACGCCGCAGAAAUCCUUGACCUUCCCCCUAUUAGAAUAAUAGAAAAAUAUUACACGUCAAUGGUCGCAUGGACAUUUGCUCUCCUUAUGGUUGUCCACAUUAUUUACAUGAGCUUAUUCACGUAUUUAUCGGUGGACUUACUGGAGAAGCUGAGGAACAACAGUAGUCAAAUAAACUCGUCCGACACACAAACUAUCAUGAUGUAUAUAGUCGUGCCUUUGGAGCCAGCUAUAAUUUUAUUUUACAAUAUGUAUGCACUUGUUCGAUACUGUAUUACGGGUGACAUCGGUAGAAAAACGAAGCUAAGCAGACAAAGGGGUGCUAAGCUAGUGUUACAAGUCAUAGCAUCAUACAUGUUUCAAGUUGUCUGCGUCAUGUUCGCGGUGCUAGUGUUUCUGUGGCUUGGUUUGUUUACACAACGUUACUCUUACCAAGAUUAUGUGCUGGCUGCGGUGUUAUGUAUCGGAUGGCUUCUGACAAUUUCAUUUACACGAGGAAUUCGUGCAAUUCAUUAUUUCUACCGGAUGUUGCUCAGUAUGAUUCUCAGGGAUGUUUUAAGGUUCAUCAUUGUGUAUUUAUUUGUGCUGAUGGCGUUUGCCUUUGCCUUUCAUGUUCUGUUUCAAGUCUCGAGCGCUGUCGCCGGCGACUAUCCCACGCCUGGCGACACUAUAUUCCUCACCUUCAACAUGAUGAUAGGAAUGGGGGAAUUGUUUGACGAUAACUUCGAAUCGAACAUGAGCGAUGUCGGUCGCGGCACAGUGUACGUGAAAGUGUUCUAUCUACUUUACAUGAUCCUGGGAACCAUUAUUCUCCUCAAUCUGCUGAUCGCCAUGAUGAACGACUCAUAUUCCCGGAUACUCGCGCAAAAGCAGGUCACUUGGCGGAUUGACUCCGUGGGCAUGGGUGUCGAGAUCGAGUCCAGUUUUCCCGUCAGCAGGGUUUUCUCGAGUGUCAAGAUACAGAAGGGAGGUAAAGAAGAAGAGAAUUUCUCACCAAACCGUUGGUAUGUAACAAUGACAGAAACAGAGUAUCUUGAAUACAUGCAGGAACUGCAGAGGGCAAGUCUAGCAUCCACAGACGCUGUAUCCAAACGUCUAGAUGACCUUGACUUAAAGGUCAGCCAACUAAUAAAGCAGACGACAGAAAAGUUUCAACAGCUAUCUAACAUGGUUGAAGAGAAUGGAUCAAGAAAGAAGCAUAAACGAAGGAGUUCUGAAAAGAUAAAGGAACUUGGUACAGAAGAAAAGACAUAAUUUCAUAGUGGGAACACGAAAGGUUGUGACUUCAACACAUGCAAAAGCUGAAAAUACCAAUUCAGUGCCUACCUUGAUACACUGACCAGUAUAUCCAUGCUUGUAACAACCAUAUGCUGCAAGUUUGCUUCCAAUAAGUUGAUGAAGUUUAGAACUUAUUCUUAAAAGCGGUUGUGUAAAUGCCAUUACAAUUUCAAUGUUCCUAGCUGCAACCAAUGCAUGUGAUCUUAAACUUAUCCACAAGAGUAGGAAAUCUCAACCACACUGAGACAAAACAACCCACAGUGCACAGACAGUGAAACAUAACACAAACGUAAACAAAGUAUUACUGCAUGCAAUGUGAACUACAAACUUCGUAAAACAACUGACUAUUGUAAACCAUUUAUUAAAUAUCAAAGUCAUAAUUAUAUAAUAAUAAAUUUCUUGCAUAAUAGAAACAUUGUACAAAUAUUUUUUCUAAACUUCAUUUUCAAGAACAUUUUUUUUUUUGUAAACUGUAUUUCCAACCUCUGUAAUUUAGUCAUAAAAAUAUAUAAUGUUCAGUAUUUUUCAGCGACCACAGCACAGAUAUUUUCAAGGAAUAGAUGUUUUUCUGAUACUUUGGGUAGCUUGAAAAAAUUCAUGUCAACAAGUUUAUUCCAAAUUUCAUUUUAACAAAAUACAAAGUUUACAAAUUUAGUAAGAUAAUACAAAAUAUCGUUUUUACAAAAUAAAUGAGCCACGCCAUGAGAAAACCAACAUAGUGGCUUUGCGACCAGCAUGGAUCCAGACCAGCCUUGCAUCUGCGCAGUCUGGUCAGGAUCCAUGCUGUUCACUAAUGGUUUCUCUAAUUGCAGUAGGCUUUAAAAGCGAACAGCAUGGAUCCUGACCAGACUGCGCGGAUGCGCAGGCUGGUCUGGAUCCAUGCUGGUCGCAAACCCACUAUGUUGGUUUUCCCAUGGCGCGGCUCAAAUAGGAUCAGGUAGCUUUCAAAAUGACAAUAAUACCGAUCUAUUUCAUUAAGCUGCCAGAAAUUUUGUACAUGCAAUGUAUAUCACAUUAAUUAAACAAAACUUACAGACAUAAAAUAAAUAUUAUAUAGCACUAUCCUGAAGUUUCAGACAAACAUUUGACUGAGUAUUAUUGCGUCAAAGGACUGUGACAAAAAAGUGCCUUGUUUUAAUGGCUCACAUACUUUAUAUACAUGAAAUGGCAGAAAUAAUUCAUGUAGAGAAAAUGUGUUAAAUAUAAAUACUGAAGCAACUUUAAAUUAUUUUUACCAUAUAUUUAUUUAUGUUUGGUUUUGUAUAAAUUUAUAAUACUCAUGCAAUAUUAAUUUCUUGUAAAUUACUUUUGUAUAGCUAUAAUAAAUAAACAAUAAAAUCCC